GAGCCCGGCCGCCCGCGCUCGGUCCGCCUCUGACUGCGGCGCGGCGGGGCGAUGUGUGAUUACGAUGGCGAGGAGUCUCUGUCCGGGGGCCUGGCUAAGGAAACCCUAUUACCUCCAGGCUCGCUUCUCAUAUGUACGGAUGAAAUAUCUUUUCUUUUCCUGGUUGGUGGUUUUUGUUGGAAGCUGGAUUAUAUACGUGCAGUAUUCUACUUAUACAGAACUAUGCAGAGGAAAGGACUGUAAGAAAAUAAUAUGUGACAAGUACAAGACUGGAGUUAUUGAUGGGCCCGCAUGUAAUAGCCUUUGCGUUACAGAAACUCUUUACUUUGGAAAAUGCUUAUCCACCAAACCCAACAAUCAGAUGUAUUUAGGGAUUUGGGAUAAUCUACCAGGUGUUGUGAAAUGUCAGAUGGAACAAGCACUGAAUCUUGAUUUUGGAACUGAACUGGAACCAAGAAAAGAGAUAGUGCUAUUUGAUAAGCCAACUAGGGGAACCACUGUACAGAAAUUCAAAGAAAUGGUUUACAGUCUCUUUAAGGCGAAGUUGGGUGACCAAGGAAACCUCUCAGAACUGGUUAAUCUCAUCUUGACAGUAGCUGAUGGAGAUAAAGACGGCCAGGUUUCCUUGGGAGAAGCAAAGUCAGCAUGGGCGCUUCUUCAGUUAAAUGAAUUUCUUCUCAUGGUGAUACUUCAAGAUAAAGAGCAUACCCCCAAAUUAAUGGGAUUCUGUGGUGAUCUCUAUGUGAUGGAAAGUGUUGAAUAUACCUCUCUUUAUGGAAUAAGCCUUCCGUGGGUUAUUGAACUUUUUAUUCCGUCUGGGUUCAGAAGAAGCAUGGAUCAGUUGUUCACACCAUCAUGGCCUAGAAAAGCUAAAAUAGCCAUAGGACUUCUAGAAUUUGUGGAAGAUGUUUUCCAUGGCCCCUAUGGAAACUUCCUCAUGUGUGAUACUAGUGCCAAAAACCUAGGAUAUAAUGAUAAAUAUGAUUUGAAAAUGGUGGAUAUGAGAAAAAUUGUGCCAGAGACAAACCUGAAAGAACUUAUUAAGGAUCGUCACUGCGAGUCUGAUUUGGACUGCGUCUAUGGCACGGAUUGUAGAACUAGCUGUGAUCAGAGUACCAUGAAGUGUACUUCAGAAGUGAUACAACCAAACUUGGCUAAAGCCUGUCAGUUACUCAAAGACUACCUACUGCGUGGUGCUCCAAGUGAAAUUCGUGAAGAAUUAGAAAAGCAGCUUUAUUCUUGUAUUGCUCUCAAAGUCACAGCAAAUCAAAUGGAAAUGGAACAUUCUUUGAUACUAAAUAAUCUAAAAACAUUAUUGUGGAAGAAAAUUUCCUACACAAAUGACUCUUAGUUCAUUUAGACAUUGUCACCCAUGUAGGAAACUUAACCACUUCUGAACAAUUUGAGCAUUUUAAAAAAUGGCUUCUGAUUCAGAGUUCCCUGCCAGAUACACAAAACCCCUUACCCCUGGGCCUAAGAAUCCAUCAUCUGAAGUAAAACACAUGAUUACUGAAGUAAAAACCGGAGGUUAGGAUGAACAGGUCCAAAAGAUUUCAUUCCUGUCCUUUCGGAAGCCCUGUUGCAUUUCCCAAGUACGUUCACUGUGUAACUGUUUUCGACUAAUGACUUAAAAAAAAUAAUGCUGUGUAAAACCUCAUUCCAUAAACAUCAAUGGUGAGUUUUGUAGAUUUGUUAGCCAAAAUACCAUUGCAGGAAACAUUUGUGUUUGCAUUGAAGCUGCUGUUUCAAAAUGAUUUAUACACAAAUUUACUAAUGUCUUAGCAUGGUAAAGUUUGCACAUUAACAGAAAUUAAGACUACAAAGCAGGUAAAUUAAAACUACUCCUUUAUAAACAGAUGUUGGGUUAAUAGCAUGGUUUAUUGUAUUAUAGACUUCUUAUGCACACAUUUUUAACCUCAUUCAGAUCUCACAUUAUCAGAAUGUUUCCUAGAGUGGCUUCACAAAGUGUUCUACUUGACAAUAUGCAAUUGCCAGUUUUAGUGGCUGAAAAUGGAUGAACUUUCAGCACCCUAAAGAUGUGAAGGGUCCAUCUUAGUAUCUUCAAAACUGACAUCUUAAGGCCAUAGACCCAAUCCAGAUCCAUGUAUUCUGAAUGUGAGAUAUGGAGAAAGUGGGACUACAAGAGCAGGACUGAAAUAAGUCGUAGAAAACAGUUCAGUAAUAAUUUUCCAUUUUCAAACAGUAUUUCCUGUGGGCCAAAGGGCUGUUUCUUCAAGAGGCAUGUAAAUUUAGUAACAUUUUUUCCUAUGUAAAAUCAAUAUACAAGGCUUAAUAUUUGCUCCUUUCAUGUUAUUUUUCUAUGUAUAUUAAGAUCUGGCAUGUACCUUUCAACAUCUCCAUAAAAUGAAACACCUCCUUUUGGAGAAAAGCCCCAGUAUUUUCUGUCCCAAGGUUUCACCUGGUUAAAGUGAAAUGUGUUAAAUCUAUGUGACCUUCACUAGACAGCUUUCUCUCAAAAGUUAUUUAAGCCAUGGAUUAUCACCAGUUGUUUUAAAACUGUGUACUUUGAAGGUACUUUUUCUUCCCAUCAGUCAUCUGGUUAUAAUAAAUGGAUAGAAGAAAUAUUUCCUAGUGAUGGUUGGUCUGCUGCUAGCCAGAUUUUUAGGGAGCUGCACAUCAUACAAUGUGAGGGAUAGCAACUGUCAGGUUGAAUAGAAGCCUAAGAAGGUGUAAACUUUGUUGGAGUCGACAUGCAAGACAACUUUUUCUGCAAAAAGCAACACUUGUUUCUUGGAGGAAAAAAACUGUCAAUUCCUUUGCUUUUACACUUCAGGGUAUUUCCAAUAGUUUCAUAACAAGAUCUUAACACAGAUAUAAUUGCUUAUUCAAUAAGUUUAUUGUUUUUAUUUGAAAAACUCUCAUAGAAAAUUGUUUUAGUUCUCAGCAGCCCGCUCCUGAGCUCUGAGGAAGCUUGCCUUCUUUUGAGCUACCCGAUCUUUCUUCUGGGCAAGGGACAUUUUGGGACGGUUCCAUCUACAAAACAAAGUAAAAGUAAGAAAGACAGGAAUAUAUUUUUUAUAAGCUAAAGAAGAUAGUAUUAAAUUUCAAUAGACAGACUUUAUAAUCAGAUGAAAGGUAAAUAAUCCAAGUUCUAACACACGUACUUAUUUACGAUCUUAAGCUAACUUUCCCAAGCCCCAACUUCUGUGUUGUCCUAUUUCCACAGGGCCAAAAAUCAAAUAAAAAACAUAAUGUUAGAUCCUGUAAUACCACUUUUGGGAAUUUACCCAAAAGAUAUGAAAUCAGUUUGUUGAAGAAGAUGCCUUCCUAUUCACAACAGCCAAAUUAUGGAAUCAACCUAAGAGUCCAUCAACAGAUGGACGUGGGUAAAGUGUAGUGUUAUAACACCAGCAUAUGGAUCUCUGUACCUGCCAGUUGCCCCCACGCCCUACCAAAAAAACCACAGAUGAAUGGAUAAAGGAAAUGUAUGUGGAAUCUAAAACAAUCAAACUCAUAUAAGGAGAGAACAGAAUGGUUCUAGAGACUGGAGAAAAGGGAGUGGGAGGAAUGGGGAGAUGAUGGUCAAGGUUACAAAAUCUCAGGAGGAAUAUGAUUUUUUGUGUGUUCUACUGCAUGGCAUGGUGAAUACAGUUAAUAGAGUAUUGUUUAACAUUUAAAAAUUGCGAAGACAAUGAAGUUCAAAUGUUCUCACCACAAAAAUGUUAAGUAUUUGAGGUGAUGUUAACUAGCUUGACUUAAUUACUUAACAAUGCAUUUUGAAUAUUCAUAAAUUAUGUCAUAUCACUUUGU